UCCAAAGAUUGAGUUAGGCGAAAAGAAAAAUCGGAAAAUAGGCGCAUUUCGCAAAACAAAGAAAAAAAGACAGAAUUUGACCUCCAACCCGGUACCUUUUGGCGGUCGACCCGACGGGUGUGUGCGGCCCGUUUUUCUCAUCGGGUCAGGGUCAAAGUGGGUCAACCCGCAGGUCGACAACCUUGAUUUGUAGUGAAUGGUGGUAGUUGACUAGUUAUGGAAUUGCUCAAUAACAUCUUACUAACGAAUUUUGAGUUCUGCUUGUUCAUGCAUAUCCAUGUGUAGUAGUUUCUCAUUUGUCAUUUCAAUAAAAAUCCGUUCAUUAUCUAACACCUUCGAGUUCACUGAACAUUUGAAGUCUGCAUUUUUAUCUUAGAAUUGAGAUGAACGAACAGUCAACGAUUACAUUAUCUAACACCUUCGAGUUCACCGAACAUUUGAAGUCUGAUAUGAUUACAGAUAUUUUAAUCAUCCCAACGAAAUGCUCAUUUUCCUGGCGGGUUGAAUGGGAAAAGGCUGUGGCCAUAGUUAUGUCCGCCAUAUCUCUCCCAUGCAUUUAACAGAACCGACACAAAGCUUCUUUAAUUCCCAAUUGUUUCCUUUGACUUUCCCCUACACAACAACAGCAACAACAUUAACACCACCAAAGACGACAACAGAAGCAACCAACAACGUAGCUUUCCCUUUCCUUCUCCCCAGCUCCAAGUCCACUGUUCAUUGCCCUAUGGCAGAAGCCGGAAAGGACAGCCAAAAAAUAUACAGAACAGAUACCCCACUUGCUACAGUACAAGUUACUUCAGAAAACCCUAAAAUUUCCCCCCAAAAAAACUGACAGUGCAAUUCAGCAAAUCAUAGUUAAGCUGGCAACUCUGCAGCCAUGGGAGGUCACGUUGACUGGAUACAGUAAACAAAAAGAGGGUAAAAGCAAAUCAUCAGAGCACAAUGGCAACCCCUUGGAAAAUUUAUCAACUACUUGCUGUGUGUGUGUUCUCAUUUACAAACAACAAAAGAGCAAAGAAGAUUACAUUCAGGGUCAAGAGAAUGAACUCUAUCCCUCUCUCGCGAAUCGCGGUGGCAGCAAAAAAAACGAGGACAACAAUUAAGAGAUCGAUGGGGCGGGAUGCUUUUCGACGCGAUUGGACUGCUUGCUACCUCGAGGCGAGCGACCAGAAGUUCAAAAGAAACGAGGGCAAUGCGGUGAACCAGCUGAUGAAUGCCAUCGCUGUAGCUGUUUCGAACUGGACGCAGUGGUUCUGCCUGCAGCUACCGAGAUCGUUGUCUAUAAGUACUGUGAUCCCCGCCGAGGCACAGGCUGCUGCAAAUGUCAGCGUGGAGGUGACCUGAAAGAAAGUGAGCGGGAAGGGAGAAAGAGAACAUUACAUGAGUAGGUUGAUGGAAAAUUUGUGCAUUUCAAUGCGGAGAAGAACUAGCAUAAUCCCACAAUAAACGAGCAACUAACUUAAGCGCAGUGAAUUGAUUCAAGGGAGGAUACUCUUAGGACACUAUGGCAAAUGGUUUAAAGGCCCUUAAGUUUUUUUGCUUGAACAAUUCAAGGUUAUAGAGAGCAUAGUGAUUGUGAUCUUACCCCAUCACCAAUCGUGAACAAGCAGACAACUCGAUGAUUCUGCAAGGAGCGCAUCACUAGAAUGGCAUAUAUGUCUACGAUAGCCAGAGAAAGGCUCCACAGACACUGCAAGCCAGCUGCUGCAACAAGGUAGCUGAUAUAUAGCAGAUAUCAGAAUCCCUUUUUAUUUCCUUCUCUCAUGAAAACAAGUAUCAGAAAACCAAAAUCAGCAAGAACACAGCAAAAAUAUUGAGAAAUCGAAGUGGGUAGAAGGAUAGCUAGGACCAUUUACAACACAAGGAUGAUAACAAUCAUUGCACGCACUCAACACAUUAGAACCCAGUCCUAUAUAGAAUCAAGAUGGCAAAGCAUG